CCGCCCACGGGCCUUUAUGCGCAGGCUCUUCCGCCUCCUGACGCGAGGGUGGUGGGGAGGUUUUAGGUGUUGUCAUGGAGGACGCUGCAAAGCUGGGGCCGGCGGAGGAGGUCCCCGAAAACCAAAGAAUUCAGCCGGCGACCGGUCGGGGAGGAGCUCUGGUGGAGCGCACCUCGACCCCCGGCGGCCUGGCCCUGGUGAGCCCCUACCACACCCACCGGGCCGGGGACCCCUUAGACCUCGUGGCGCUCGCAGAGCAGGUGCAGAAGGCUGAUGAAUUCAUCCGAGCAAAUGCCACCAACAAACUGAUGGUCAUAGCUGAGCAAAUCCAACAUUUACAAGAACAAGCCAGGAAGGUAUUGGAAGAUGCUCACAGAGAUGCUGACUUGCACCACAUAGCUUGUAAUAUAGUAAAAAAACCUGGCAAUAUUUACUACCUUUAUAAACGGGAGAGUGGUCAGCAGUAUUUUUCUAUUAUUUCUCCAAAGGAAUGGGGGACAGGUUGUCCACAUGACUUCCUUGGUGCCUACAAGCUACAGUAUGACUUGUCCUGGACUCCAUAUGAGGACAUUGAGAAGCACGAUGCCCAAAUCAGCAUAGUGAACACAUUGCUAAGCCAGCCUGCAGCCCUGCCUCCAAACACUGAACCCACCUUCCAUGGACUGACUGAGAAUGGACACUCAUAAAUAGCUCUCACAGCAAGGACCUUCCACCUCUUUGUUGCCCUCAUUCUCGGCCUUGAUGGGAGGUGGCAUGAGAAUUGAGGUAUUGUGGGUGAAUCAUGAACUUCUUGAAUAAAGGCCCUGUGUGGA